GGUAUUCUCAUCCAAUCACAUACGUCGCGCUCUCUGCUGCUUUUACACACUCGGAAACAUGGCGUUACGGGAGUUAGCGUCGCUGGAGAAAUAUUUGGGCUUAAAAAAGCCGAACAAGUUUAGCACACAAGGGGAUAAAAAGGUGCCUGUGAUGCAGAAUAAUAACGCUCCCCCACUGGUAGGACUGGUGACCAUCGCCUGUCACCUGGUGAAGGAGGCCAAGCGCCCAGAGCUGCUGGGUGACAGUGCAGAAGGCAGGGCAGUGGUGCAGCAGUGGCUGGAGUACAGGGUGACCAAACUUGACAGCCACGCAAAGGAGGACAUCAAGAGCAUCCUCAAGGACCUCAACCUCUACCUGCAAGACAAAGUCUACCUGGCAGGGAACCAGUUAACCUUAUCUGAUGUUCUUAUGUACUAUGGGAUGCACUCAAUUAUACUGGACUUGACCGUCCAGGAAAAAGAGCAGUGCGUGAAUGUGACACGGUGGUUCGACCACAUCCAGCACCAACCCGGGGUCCGACACCACCUCCCUCCAGUAGUUGUGCUCAGGAACAGACUUUACACCAGCAGACACCACUGAGGCUAGACAUCAUCCUCCUCCUCCUCCUCUCAGCCUGUCGCGGUACAACUUUUCCAACCUUCCUGCCAAACCCGGACAAGGGAUCUCCUAAUGUCAUAAAACACAGAUGUUUCCACAUACUGUUCUCUUGUGCAUGUUUCUGUGUCAAUAAUAUAUCCCCACUGAUUAUUUGUUGAGGAUAAAAAUAGUUCAGUUUUUAGUAACUAAUAAAUAACUAAAUACUAUUUAUAAACAAUCUGGUGUCUUAACCCUCCUACAUUUCUGGCAGAACAGUGAUGUAACUCAGUGUUUAUGUUUUUUGGGUUUUUUUGUGACAUUUGCUGUUAUUAAAGGGAAAACUGAAUGCAAUAUAGUGCACUGCUGCUAGCUGUAAAUGUUGAUUCCUUGUUUAAUCUGAGCCUUGAAUGCUUUACCGCUGGUACUCUAGGUGAUGAACCUAACUGGCAGUGUAUUAUGUCCCAAGAUCUUGCUUGAUUAUUGUUAGAACCCUAUAAACAUCACAGCCCAAACUGUUCUAACUCUGGAUUUCUAUCGUAUUAAAUUUCUUAGCACAUUC